AUGCGCGAAAUCACCAACAUGUACACGCUGGAUCCCUCAGCUCCCUCCUCAUCUCCCUCAACUCCCCAGUCGCCUUCGAUGCCCGCCACUCCUCUUUCGUCUUCGUCUUCCAUGUCUGCCCCGGACCAUGAUGCUCCGGACUUCAACUCGGUCGUCAUUGUUGGUGCCGGCAACUUUGGCGCCGGCACCGCCUUGUCAUUGGCCCAACGCGGUGUCCGAGUAACCCUGCUUGACACUGCUGCCUUUCCUAGCCCCAGAGCUGCCUCACACGACAUCAACAAGAUCGUCCGCGACGAUUACCCGGAUCUGCUUUACAUGCGCAUGAUGGUCAAGGCCAUGCCCAUGUGGAGAAGCAGUGACCUCUACAAGUCCUUUUACCACGAAACCGGCAUGCUUCGCGCCGACCCGUCCAACUUUGCCGAGGAGAGCAUCGCCGCCUACGAGAAGCUGGGCAUUGCCAACGAGUGCGAGAUGCUACCCGUUGACGACGUUCGCCAGCGCUGGAAUGGGCUCUUUGCGACUACCAACUUUGAGGGUCUUGACAAGGUUCUCUACAACCCCAAUGUGGGCUUUGCUGAAGCAGACAAGGCGCUGGCAGCCGUCGUGCAAGCAGGCAUCGACCUGGGUGUCGAAUAUGUUGUUGGAGAGAUGGACACGCUCGCUUUUGGUCUCGAGGGCCAGUGCAUCGGAGUCACUCUCAAGAGUGGGGAUACGAUGCUGGCGGACAAGGUUCUGAUGGCCACGGGAGCGCGCACCGCGCCCCUGCUUGCACAGAGUGCACCCAAAAACACGAAGCUGCACACGGGCGAUCGUGUGCUCGCCACGGGUGCUGUGAGCUUUUAUGCCAAGCUGCACGGCGAGAAGAAGGCUAAAUUCGCCCCCAUUCCUGUGCUCAAGAACUGCCUCAAGAACGUUAAGGGCGAGGGCAUGUCUAUCCUGGCCGAUGGCACCAUCAAAUUCAACUGCGACAUGUGCUUUACCAAUUUCCAAGACUUUCCCGCGACCGGCGAGCGCAUGUCUCUUCCUCCCAGCGACCCGAAGUACAACACCUGGACUGGCUCUGAUUUCGUCGACUUUUUUAAGCAGCGAGCCCAGAAGACAUACAAGGGCCUGUAUGGCGAUGAGAUUAAAGAUGUUGAAAUUGAGAAGUACCGCAUUUGCUGGGAUGCCUCCACACCUACACACGACUUCCUCAUCACUUCACACCCUCACUGCGAGGGCUUGUACGUGGCAACUGGAGGAUCGUUUCACGGCUGGAAGUUCUUGCCCGUCAUUGGCGAUUACAUUGCCGACAUGAUGCAGGGCACGCUUGACGAUGACUACACAUCACGCUGGGCAUGGGACAAGAAGGGCGGGGAUGGCCACUCGGCGAAUCCCACCUACCAGGUAGUGGGCGACCUGCAAGACUGGAUUGCAUAA